GUUUCGCAGCAUCUUACAAAAAUGUUCUCCAAGAUCUUGGCUGUUGCUACCUUCGUAGCCGUCGCUCAAGCUGGCCUUUUGGACUACCACGGAGCAGCUCAUUCCACCGCCUACACUACCUCCCACAUCUCUCACGCCCCAGUCGUAGCCCACGCUGCUCCCCUUGUACACGCUGCCCCUCUUGUACACGCUGCCCCAGUACUCGCCCACGCCGCCCCAGCCCACCACAACGUAGACUACUACGCCCACCCCAAAUACGAAUACAACUACGGAGUACAAGACCCCCACACCGGCGACCACAAGACCCAACACGAAGUACGUGAUGGUGAUGUAGUGAAGGGCUCCUACACCGUCGCCGAACCCGAUGGCACCCUCCGCACCGUCCACUACACCGCUGAUGACCACAACGGUUUCAACGCCGUCGUAGAGAAGACCGGACACGCCGCCCACGUCGCCCCAGUUGUCAAGAAGAUCGUCGCCGCCCCAAUUGUAGCUGCUCCAGCUCAUUACUACCAUCAUUUUGGUUGGGUUUAUGGGGAUCAAUUUGAAUUCAGAUUCGGACUAGUUCAGACCACAUCAAAAAUGUUUUCUAAGAUUGUCGUAUUGUCCGCCCUCGCCGCCAUCGCCUUGGCCGGAGUCUUCGAGCUGCCCCAGGUUCAACAUGGUGCCCACGAAGCUGUGGAUUAUUAUGCCCAUCCCAAAUAUGAAUUCGCCUACGGCGUUCAAGAUGCCCACACCGGGGACCACAAAUCCCAGCACGAAACCCGCGACGGCGACGUAGUCAAGGGCUCCUACUCCGUGGCCCAGCCUGAUGGUACCCACCUGACCGUCCACUACACCGCCGACGACCACAACGGUUACAACGCAAUCGUUGAAAGGAAAGGGGAACCAGUGCACCCCCAAGUGUACCACCAAGAAGCUCCUCUCUACCACCAUUAAACUAUCACUACUGUGAUUAAUUUUUUAUUCAAUUUUACUAGUCUGAUUAAGUUAUGUGAGAGUUUUUUCAAUAUAUUUUUUAACGUUUGAACAACUGUUA